CAGUCACAGUCAGUCAAUCUAAGGCAAGAGGAAGCCCUAGCGAGAGAUCCACUUCAGCGUGUCUCUGCUGUUUUGGGGACUUGGCUUGCUAGGCUGGAGAAGAUGGCAGGAAUAAAAAUCCAGCUGGUGUGCAUGUUACUUCUGGCUUUCAGCUCUUGGAGUCUGUGCUCAGAUUCAGAAGAGGAAAUGAAGGCGUUAGAAACAGAUUUAUUGACCAAUAUGCAUACAUCAAAGAUCAGUAAAGCAAUUGCUCCCACUUGGAAAAUGACCUUACUGAAUGUUUGCAGUCUUGUAAAUAACCUGAACAGUCAAGCUGAGGAAACAGGAGAGAUUCCUGAGGAGGAGCUUAUUACAAGAAGGAAAUUUCCCACUGCUUUAGAUGGCUUUAGCUUGGAAGCAAUGUUGACAAUAUACCAGCUUCAAAAAAUCUGUUAUAGCAGGGCUUUUCAACACUGGGAGUUAAUUCAAGAUGGCAUUCUGGUUACUGGAAAUGACAAAAAUGAGAAGGAAGAAGUUAUAAAGAGAAAAAUUCCUUAUAUUCUGAAACGGCAGCUUUAUGAAAAUAAACCUAGAAGACCUUACAUACUCAAAAGAGGUUCUUACUACUACUGAGAGUAGCUAUUUUAUUUACUUGUGAUUGUGAUUUAUGACCCUUUACUUUAAUAUUAAAUUAUAUUCAUGUGAAAAUGUAACAGAGCACAGCUACUGUGUCUCUUCUACAAUUGUGGUUGUUGAAUGUGAUUUUUCUGCAUUAAUAUGAAAUGGACUAAAUGUUUUCAAAUAAAUCUCAAUCUUGAGCAUGAAAA